CUAAAAACAAAAAAUAGAAGAAGCUGCUGCAGCUAAGGACUUCCUCUAAAAGCUUCGCAAGAGUGAGAUGAAUGAUAAGUGGAAGACUAUGAUCUAACUCUUAGUCAGGCUCGGCAUUAGAACCUCACUCCAUCAACUUGCAACAUGAAUCAAUCAGACUCAAAGAGCACCACGGAUACUGAUAUUGAAGAAACGAUUUACACUUUGGUGGAAGUUCUCAUUGCAGUAUGCUGCUGUCUUGGGAAUGCAAUGGUUGUUUUGGCUCUGUGGAAAACAAAAAGCAUCCAGCAACCCACCUACUGCUUCAUUGUGUCUCUGGCUGUGGCUGACUUUCUUGUUGGAGCUGUGGCCAUACCGUUGUCUGUGCUGGUGGAUGGCCGAGUGAAAACUUCAUUUCACACUUGUCUUUUCAUCAGCUGUGUGGUGAUCCUGCUAACCCUAGUUUCGGUUCUCUGUUUGACGGCCAUUGCUAUUGAUCGUUAUCUUCGACUCUCUCGCCCUUUCUGGUACAAAAGGACUGUCACCUGGAGGUAUUCAUAUUCUGUGGCUGCUGCAUGCUGGUUUUUUGCAGUACCACUGAGUUUUACUCCAAUGUUUGGCUGGAAUGAAGGACUGAAUACGUUUAAUUCCUCUGAUAAAUGCAUGUUUAUGAAUGUGAUCACCUUGAAUUAUCUGGUCUACUUUAACUUUUUUCUCUGCACCUUAACACCACUGCUGGUGAUGACUGUAUUGUACGCCUAUGUUUUCUGCUACAUUCGAGAAAAUCUCAGAGAGAAACCAGGCAACGGUGCCCAAAACCAGUCAAAGAACUACCUAACAAAAGAGAAACAGCUGGCAUCAUCUCUUGCUCUUGUCUUGGCUCUGUUUGCGCUGUCCUGGCUUCCACUUCACAUUAUGAACUGCAUCUCUUUAUUCACAAACCAUGCAAAUAAAAUAGCUUUUCAUAUCGGCAUCUCUCUUUCUCAUGCUAAUUCCGCAGUAAACCCUGUCGUGUAUGCAUUUAAAAUAAAAAAGAUAAAGAGAGCAUACAUACACAUCUGGAAACGAUAUACUUAUUGUGAAGCAGAAAGUCAAGGAUCUCAGAGCAGCAAGUCUGAUGUUAUGCUCAGCUGCAACAAUAUGAGUGAGACCAAUCAAAGCUAAAGAAGUUUAUCUGUGAAAAUGUUGAAGCCUUUUUUAUUCUAAUCCAAGAUUUUUAUUAAUGCUGAUAAUGAUGGCGUAAAUAGGAAUAGCAAUUAUGCAUAUAUGAAUAUGUUUUUAUUGAUGCUAAUGACAUUAAUUUAUGGACUGUAUUGCUGUGUAUAUAAAUACUUCUUAAUCGUGACAAUAUUGGUAUGUCUAUGGUAUCUUCAUGUAAAGGUAUCUUCUCUUCUUGAAUUUCUUCAGAUAUCUAUUAAUGUGCUUAUCUAUUUGUGUUGGGCUGUGAUGUGAAAUGAAAGCAUUUUUCUUGUCUAAAGAAUGUCGGUUUUGCAAUGCAACAUCGUAGAGAGUUUAUGCAUUCCUCUGAAUGGAUUAGGACUGAAGGUGCAGAAUUUGGUACACAAUAGGAAAAAAUGCUGCCAAAGCAAGUGAAACCUGCUUAACAAACAUGGUUUUUUUUUUGUCUUUUGAAGCACUGUCAUCAAAUAUUAUGGUAAAUGCUGAAGUGCAAUGCUGCAAUGUUAAGGUUUGCAUCUCAUUAAGCUUCCCUUUUAUUGUUCAAAAAGAAAUGCACUGCACAAUCCGGAACUGCAUUAUUUCUAAACAGAUCUUUUAGAACGCAUUUCAUGAUUUGUAAAACCUGUGUUUUAUUUACGACUGAUAAUUGUAAAGGUCUUAUUUGGUCUUCAGAAAUUAUGUUGUAAGUGAUAUAAGAUUCACAGCAUAACAAUACGUUUUUAUGGGACAGAAAGUAAAUGGAUCGUUCAAAUUUGGACCUAAUCUCAAGUGAUUAGAUCAAAUCAGAAUCUCAGUUUGAUUAUUUUUCACCACUCUGUGAAAUUACAAUAUGUGAAGCCACACAAAUGACAAUUUCAUAGCAACAGAACUGAGAAAAGUUACUUGCCCUUUGCAUAUUUCUUCUUUUUUUUUGUUCCAGUUCAUUAAGCAAUGUUGUGCAUCAGCCAAAUAUAACAAGGGUAAUGUAUGUUGUCUGAACAAAGAUAUCCACAAACCUGGUCAUAUAUAAAAAAGUAAGUGUUCUGUUGCUGAGUCAAAUUUUAUAAAUCACAUCCAAGUCUGAUUCCUGCAGAACCAUAAAACUACUGAAAGAGAACACGUCUGAACACAUGAAGUGUUGAGAUGGGUUCUCAGAAAUGAAUUAUUUAUUACCUGAUCUAAAGAAAUCAAAGAACAGAUGAGAACCAGAGCCACACCUGUGACCCUGGAACGCAGGGAUGUGCAGAGACCUGGAGGGGCAGGAGCUCAAAUUAAAAAAAGGAGCACAUUGAACAAAAACUUCGGACAACAACAACAUAGCAACAACCC